CGCAGCUGAAUCGCGGCCGCGGGCCGGCCGAGUGUUCUGCAGUUCUGCUUCUGCUUUGUUAAGGCCUUCACACAUAAAAUCCCGCCUGUAUUCUCUCGUUACGUUUUAAUAUUGCAUCAUUCGACUAAAUAAGCUGGGCCAAGUUUACCCCUGUACAGGGGACCAGAGUCCUUAUAAGAAAAUGAAUAAGAAGCUCGCUCGCCGUCGCCGAUUCGCGCCGUAGUUGCAGCUAACCUAAAAGCUGCUUAAAGCCAGUAAAAACCACAGAUUAUCCGAGCAAAAUAAAAGCUAAAUCAUGGCACGCGCCGCGGUCAUGACCGCUUUCAAGAUCCUUCUUGGCGCGUACGAUCCGCCCACCAAGGUGCGUAUGCUCCAGGCGAAGAUGACCGACAAGUCGAGUGUCGCCUAUCAGCGUUUCGUCUGGGAAAUGUUGAAGAAGAAGUUUUACAAUGAGAUUCUCGGCAGGGACACCAGUUUGAGGAGUAUGUUUUUUGAUCAUGAGAUCGACGAGGAUGGAGAGGAGAGCUCGGACGAGAGCGACGCAGAGCAGAUCAACCAGGUGAUACUCGAUGACAUAAAUGUAACUCUGAUGGGACGAACUGUAGAAGUGACGAUAGGAUACUCUCUCGUCUUCGAGAAGUACGUGUAUAAGUUGACGAACAUGCAACUGAAACCCGGGCUGGAGAUCGAGCUGUGUCACAUGGUCGUGGCCUGUUGCGCAGAGAUGCGUACGUACGAGAAGUUCUUCGGCCUGCUGGCCCAUCUGCUUUGCGCCAUCAACAAGAUAUACGUGACGCUGUUCGGGCAGAUCUUCAAGAACUCGUAUCACACGAUACACCGCCUCAACAUCAACGAACUGUGGAACAUGUCCAAAUUCUUCGCGUAUUUACUGUUCACGGACUCCAUAUCGUGGAGCGUGCUGUCGUGCAUCAAACUGAACGAGGACAUCACGAAUUCCAACAGAAUAUUUAUCAAGUUCUUGUUUCGAGAGCUGUCAGAGCACAUGGGUCUGGCGAAGCUGAACGAGCGGGUUAAAGACGUGACGUUGCAGGAGGUAUUCGAGGGGCUGUUCCCCAGAAACGAUCCGAAGAACACGCAUUUCGCGAUCAACUUCUUCACGUCGAUCGGCCUGGGCGGUUUGACGGAUGACCUGAAGGAACACCUGAAGUCCCAUCCAAAGCCAGCACCCGUGCCGGCGUUGAUCGGAAUCAAGGAAGAAGAGCCCUCAAACUCUGAUGAAUCUACCAGUUUGUCCAGCUCGACGACGACCGAUUCUUCUUCGUCGUCGUCAUUGGAGGACGAAGUUCCGCCAAAGAAAAAGAUGAAAGUCCAGCAUAAAUGAAAAGAAAAAAAAUCUAAAUCAAAGGACAAGAUGGAAGAAAAAUCCAAAAAGGCGCAAAGCAACAAGAAGGUGCAUUAAGGAUGGUGACCCAGAGUCGGCUGCUCCCCGGAAGAUGGGCAGUGCAUGUCAUCGUCGUUGUCAACACCACCAGUGUCUCGUAUCAUCCCUGACAAUAAACACAAGAUGGCAACAAUACCAAGAGCGCGCACGCUGCGGAUGCGUGUGCGGCAUGCCGCCAGUGACUCGCAUGUCGCGCGGCUGACGGCGGACUAGCCGCGUGCCAAAUGUACCUUAUUAUAACAUUUUGUUGGUAAAUUCUGUUGUAUUCUGCAUUCCGACGACAAAUAUUAUAAUAUACAAUAUAUUUGUAAAAUCUGUUUUCCACAAAUUGGAUUAUCUCGAAAGUACUUAUUAAUUAUUAAUAACGCAAUAUGAUCGAUAAAAUUAUUCUCGGAGAAGGCACUUUGUUAUUCUAAAGACAAGAACAUUGGAAACUUGUACUGUCAUUUUUAAAAAUUAACACAGCACUAUCUACUGAAGAGCAGAAACGUGUAAAGACUGAAGUCGCCGCCGUCAAUGUAACGUUUUUAUUUU